CGGAUCACAACGGUGGAAAGAGCCACACACCAGAAACCAAGCGAUCUGCAGGACACUGAGGUAAUCACCCGAUCGAUGUGAGAGUCCCGAGUACCGCUAGGAAAAAGGAGCAACUCGUAGCAUCUGCCUGCCGAUCCCCCGACGAUAAAGGGAUUCCCGUCAACCCAGGAAAAGAAAGUCCAGAUAUGCUGGCAUUCAUACUAGGACUUUUAAUCCUACAUUCAGGAUGGUCAUCAGAACAAACUAUAUCACUCCGGAACCUAACUAACCAGCCAAUCCUAGCAUUCGACCAUGGAACUAGCAGAGUAAGAAUUGACUCAUAUUUUUAUAUCCAUCAUUUUAACAUAAGUUCAUAUCAAUACCAUGUACGAAACCUUAGAGACAUGUUUGACGAAAUAGCGACCAAUCAGUUUUCCAUAUUAAUUAUAGAAGAAUUUAAACAAAUCGAUCAAAUACUGAACAACCUUAUUUCAAUUAAAAGAUCAAAACGCUGGGAUAGCCUAGGAUGGAAAUUUAUAGCAGGUAGUCCAGUUGCUAACGAUUUAAAAAUAAUUAACUCCUCUAUCAAUAAUCUAAUUCAGAAUAAUAAUGCUCAGGUAAAAAUUAACCGGGAAUUAAACCUACAGAUGAAGGAAUUCGUACGUAAAACUACUCAAGCCAUAUCAUUGUUCAAUACAAAAUCCAUAGAAAAUCAUUCCAUUAAUAUAUUUUUGAACCUAAAGUAUUUACAUGAAAAAUUAGAGCAAAUUGUAGACAGUAUAAGUUUAGCAAAGAUAGGAAUCUUAAACAGCAAAAUUCUAAGUACAGGAGAAAUACAAGUAUUAGUAAGAAGACUACACGACGAGAACGUGACAACCAACUCUAUCAGCGAAGCACUAUCAUAUGCAGAAUCAUCAGUGGCAACCAACAGCAAGGAGGUAGCUCUGCUUAUCAAAAUUCCUAAACUAGACAAAAGAAUAUUCAGGAAAAUUCACAUUUAUCCGAUUCGUCAUAAACAAAGACAAAUUUAUCUUGAGAGACAAAAUUAUUUGAAACACCACAAAGAGAUCUAUGCCGUACCUUCUUUGAAUCCAACGAUAUUCAACAUAGAAGACCUAAUACCCGAAAACUCAACAUGUAUUUCGGAACUCUUAAAUGGAAAACCAGCCAGUUGUAAUUUUACCCUCAACCUCAUACAAGAAGAAAUCAUCACCGUUAACGACAAAAAUCUGAUCAUCAACUAUGAUAGAAAUUUUUCACUUACAAGCAACUGUGGAAUUUUUAAAAGGAACCUAUUCGGUCCAUUCUUCAUCUCGUUCGAAAACUGUAAUGUUUCGAUUGACAACAACACUUUUAGCAGCAAUAUUCAUAAUCUCGAAGAAUCACCCUUACAGAUACCACUAGAAGGUAUCUCUGUGGAGCAAGGACAUCUCAUCGUUAACUUGAGCCUCGAACAUCUCCAUGAACUACAUCUCGAGACUAGAAAAGAACUGGAAAAUAUCAAAUUGCAAACAAACAGCUUUCACUGGCCAAAGUUAACCAUUUUCGGAGGAAUUACUUUCCCUCUAACCAUAAUCAUCAGCAUUGUUCUCUGUCAGUAAUUUCAUAUCAAGCAGAUCCACAUAAAUCAAAAUUCAACAUGACGAUCCAUUAAAGGACAUUCCAACGAUCUCAGAUGCAAAACCAAUUAGAAGAUUGACCAUUGCGGAUGUGAUUUCCCUGGAGUCUCAUCACUCAGCCGGGAGGAGUUAACAACCGAGCUACCAAAGGAAUUUGCUGACAAUUCAGACAAUGCCAUCGACGAGCAGGUUGACGACAAUCGAACGAUCGGAGCCACCACCGAGCGAUGCGGAGU